GUCAUAUAUGAGUCAUUGUAAGGUACUGUAACGACACCAUCGAUUUCCCCAUAAACUGGACCACUCCUAAUAGAACGCCUGGCAACUGGCAUAUUUACCCUCUACCGGCGUCUUAAAAAUGUCUUCACCAUACGAUGUCCUCGUCACCGGUUCGGCUGGCCAUCUCGGCACCGCUCUCAUGCUCACCCUGCCCUCCCUGGGCCUCAAACCUCUGGGAAUCGACAUCCUCCCUUCUCUAACGACAUCAGUCGUAGGCUCUGUUAGCGACCGCGCUUUUAUCGCCUCUAUUCUCGGUUCCAACCCCAUCAAACACAUCCUUCACACUGCAACACUGCACAAACCGCACGUAUGCAGCCACAGCAAGGAACACUUCAUCUCAACCAACAUUCUCGGCACUCUAGUCCUCCUGGAAGAGUCAUCCAAAUUCAUAUCCCGAAUCGAGAGCUUCGUGUUUUUCAGCACGACUAGUACUUUUGGCAAGGCGCUGGAUCCUAACCCGGGAUCACCUGCCGCCUGGAUCGAUGAAUCUGUGACCCCCGUGCCGAAGAAUAUCUAUGGUGUGACAAAAGUUGCGGCGGAGGAUAUGUGCGCUCUGGUGCACAAGGGGAGCAAGUUGCCGGUGUUAGUUCUCCGCACGAGUCGCUUUUUCCCCGAGGAAGAUGAUGAUGAAGACCGGCGCGCUGCUAUGGGAGAUGAGAAUUUGAAGGUUUUGGAGUUGGCUUAUCGGCGAUGCGACAUUGAGGAUAUUAUCAGCGCGUCGGUAUGCGCAAUGAGAAGGGCGAGGGAGAUUCAAUGGGGGAAGUAUAUCAUCAGUGCACCGCCGCCUUUUGACAACAAUGCGGACACACUUGAUGCGCUGAAUCGGGAUCCAGCGGCGGUGUUAAAUAAGAUCUUUCCGGAAUUGGAAGCCCUGUUCAAGGAAAAGGGUUGGAAGCACCUCGAGAGAAUUGAUCGGGUGUAUGAUUCCAGCAGGGCAGUUAGGGAGCUGGGAUGGAAGCCUAUGUAUACGUUUGAGAAGACGGUGGAGAGGUUGUUGAACGGCGAGGAAUGGAGGAGUGAGUUGACGGCAAGAGUAGGCAGAAAAGGAUACCAUGCUGUAAGCACCGGGGUCUAUACGAAGCGAUAAGCUCCGAGCUCUGGAGUAAAGGGGUAUCUCAGCAAGAGCCCCCCCAGGGGAGUAAGAGUGUAAGUAGUCUAUUGGAAUCUGUCACUGAGUACCAGAUGUUUAUAGCUUAACCAAGCCGUCAAUACUGUAAUAAGAAACCAAAGUGCCCUCCUUCCCUGCUGCAUUUUAUCUCAACAACGGUGUCAAUAUACACCCACUCUUCUGCACUGAGCAAACCAAAUCGAUCCCCGCUCCAGCCUCCCCGCAUCGUCACUUGAGACUGAUAUUAUAAGGUCUAUUACACGUAUAAAGAAAGGGCCUGUUGCCCGUAUAAGGGAAAGGAAUGCUUGUUUCUCAUCUCCGAGACUGCACUUUUUUCUGAUGGAAUUGAGGAUAUCAUUUGCAGUAUCAUUUUGAUACAUUACCUGUGCUUACUCGGAUGCUACCGAUAACAAUGCCCGGAAAGUGGCCAACAAGGCUCGGCCCUCAGCGU